AAUGGGAAUAGCAGGAAGAGAUAUGGAUACCACCACAGAUGUGUACCCAUACCUUGCAUUUGUGAUGCUUUUUAAGCUAGUUAUUUUUGUAUUCGAGGCCUUCCUUGACUUCAGACAGUACGCCAAGUUCAAAGAUAUGCAAGUUCCAGCAGAUAUUCGAGGAUUUGUGAAGGAGAAGGUCUUUAAAGACUCUCAAGCUUAUAAUAAGGAUAUGAAGAAGUUCAGUAUUAUUAAGAGUUUUGUAGAUUUUGUGUGGGAAAUGGCUUCUCUGUAUUUCUUACUGCUCGCUUUUAUAUGGGAGUAUGAAGCAGGAAUUGCUUAUAUUGGCCUUGAUCCAACUAAUGAGAUAUAUAAAGCUUUCUUCACAUUCUUUUGUCUCUAUAUGAUUUCAACAGUGAUGUCGAUCCCAUGGAGCUUGUACUCUAACUUUGUGAUCAAGCAGAAGCAUGGGUUUAAUACUAUGACCUUGAAAUUAUUCAUUACUGACUUGAUCAAGUCAUCCAUACUUGUUGUGAUCUUGAUGGCUAUCGUUAUCCCAUUGAUAGUCAAGAUUAUAGAAUGGGGAGGGGAGCACUUCUACUUGUACCUCUUUACUUUUGUAGUAAUAUUCACAUUCAUCAUGAUGUGGAUCGUCCCUAACUUCAUCAUGCCCUUGUUUAAUAAGUAUGAAGAUGUUGAAGAGGGAGAUUUAAAGAAAAAGAUCUACGCACUUGCUGAUAAGCUGAAUUUUCCUCUUAAGAAGUUGUUUGUAGUAGAUCAUUCUCAGAGAUCUAACCACUCAAAUGCCUACUUCUUUGGGUUUGGAUCAAACAAGAGGAUUGUUUUGUUUGAUAACCUCUUGAAGCAUCUUGAGACAGAUGAGAUUGUUGCUGUUGUUGGGCAUGAACUUGGCCAUUGGUCAAUGUACCAUAAUUUGUUGAACAUGAUCAUUAGCUUCAGUUCUCUAUUCGUCACAUUCUAUGUAUUCAGUUUUGUGAUAGAAAGGGAUGAUAUCUUAAUAGACUUUGGUUUUACUAAGCAUUAUAACUUGGUAGCACUGCUUGUAUUCAUGGAAAUCUAUUCUCCAGUUGACUACAUACAAAAUUUGAUUAGAACAUUUAUCACAAGGAUUUUUGAAUUCCAAGCUGAUAGAUUUGCAAAUGACUUGGGAUACAAGAAGGAACUUAUGAAGGGACUAAUUAGGCUUCACAUAAAAAAUAAGGCUAAUUUGAACCCAGAUCCUCUCUAUGCCACCUAUCAUUUCUCCCAUCCUGAAUUAGUCGAGCGUCUAAGAGCCCUGGGAGAUUUCCAUGAUAUCAUUACUAGCGAGGAGCUAGACAAAUGGGAAGAAGAAGUCAAGGCUAAAGAAGAGAAAGAAAAAGUUGAGAAAGACAAAGCUACCAAAGAGGAAGAGCAGAGUCUACUCAAAGAAGGCGAAGGAGAGUCAGAAGAGCCUACUGAAAAGCUGAAGGAAGACUAACUAUAAUUUCUCAUAAAUUUAUGCCAA